UGAGCGCAGGACCUGCUGAGCUGUGUCUGCUCCGGGGCCGAUUUGCAAACCUUAGUUUUUGGAUUUAAUCGAAAUAUAUGUUCUGUAUACCCUCAAACAAAUAACUAGUUUGUUCUGAACUGUCAAAACGUGAAGUUGAGCCUUUUAGCUAUGUAAACACCUGUUACCGGCAAGCGGGAGAGGGACUUAACCUGGCUAACGCUAAGCUAACUGUUUACAUAUCAAGUGACAAUUGUGGCUCAUAGCAACGCUAACUGUUAUAAAUACAACUAACGGUGCUUUAACGUUUCUCAGACGUAUUUGCUAGUUUCUGCGCUGCUUUGCUUUUUCACGUUAAUUAUUUAGUCAAAUUAACGUCUUGGUUUUCGAGUAUUUUUAUCUUUUCAAAAAGAGAAAUGAGCUGCGCUUUGGAUGAUCCGACACUGGAAAGGCACUUCAAGGGCCACAGGGACACUAUAACCAGCGUUGACUUCAACUGUAACAUGAAGCAAAUAGCCACUGGCUCCAUGGACUCCUGCAUAAUGAUCUGGAAUCUGAAGCCGCAGAUGAGGGCUUACAGAUUUGUGGGACAUAAGGACGCAGUGACGUCCGUUCAGUUCUCCCCUUCUGGUCAUCUGGUGGCCUCGGCAUCCAGAGACAAGACGGUCCGUCUGUGGGUACCCAGCGUGAAAGGUGAAUCCACAGUGUUCAGAGCUCACACUGGUACUGUCCGCAGUGUCAACUUCUCCAGUGACGGACAGUCAUUAGUGACCGCUUCCGAUGAUAAAACCAUCAAAGUGUGGACUGUCCAUCGACAGAAGUUUCUCUUCUCCCUCAGUCAGCAUAUCAACUGGGUCCGAUGUGCAAAGUUUUCACCAGAUGGCAGAUUAAUUGUAUCUGCUAGUGAUGACAGAACAGUGAAGAUCUGGGACAAGAACAGCAGAGAAUGCAUUUACUCAUUCUGUGAACAUGGCGGAUAUGUGAAUUAUGCUGACUUCCACCCCAGUGGUACCUGCAUAGCAGCUGGUAGUACAGACAACACUGUCAAAGUGUGGGAUAUCCGCACCAACAAACUUCUACAGCAUUACCAAGUGCACAGCGCGGUGGUAAACUCGCUCUCCUUCCAUCCUUCUGGGAACUACCUCAUAACAGCUUCCAACGACUCCACGCUGAAGAUCCUUGAUCUGGUGGAGGGCAGGCUUCUCUACACGCUGCAUGGCCAUCAGGGUCCUGCGACAUGCGUGGCGUUUUCGAGGACGGGGGAUUACUUUGCAUCUGGUGGAUCUGAUGAACAGGUGAUGGUGUGGCGGACUAACUUCGACAGUGCAGAUUAUGGUGAAGUGCUCAGGUCGCAGCAGAAAGCCACCAGCAUGGAGCCACGAGGUUCCACCUCUCACGUCCCAACUCAGGUUCCAAAGUCCACAGAGCUCUCCCAUGGCAGAUGCUCCGAUAGAGGCCCCAGUACAAGUCAGCAUAGCCACACCUCCCAGGGAUCUACUGCACCAUCCAUCUCGUACCAGGAGCAGCCUCAGCAGGCAGCACCGGACGGCGGAGUACCUGCUGCACUGGCCAGCACCCUGGAGCACAUAGUGGGUCAGCUUGAUAUACUUACACAGACGGUGUCUGUGUUGGAGCAGAGGCUAACUCUGACGGAGAACAGGCUGAAGGACUGUAUUGAUAACCAGCGCGAGAUCAGCUUUCGGCUCCGGUGCUCAACUGAUCCAGAGAGCACAGCAUCUCACUGAGGGCUCGACUGGCCAGUGCUGCGCUCCUCUUUUGUUUUCUUUUCUUUUUUGCCCUCCCUCUCUCUCUUUGUUCCUCCCAGCCUCGUGUUUAUCAUCUGUAUGAACUGACCCGACUCGACGCAGGAGCUGCAGCUACUUCUCACGUUCACUUCCUCAGACUGUAGCCAGAGCCUCGCCUCUGAUAGCGCUGUGAAGUCACAGCCAAAUACUCGGAAUACUCACAAUACUCAAAAACACUGUUUAUUUGUUAACAACAGCAAUAUUUCAACCCCUUCAUGUACAAAAACUGAUGAAAUGUUUUAUCUAAACUCCACUCUGUUUUCAAGGCAGCAGACAAAAAGGAAAGGCCACUCUUUUGGGCUUAGUGUUAGACUACACCCUUAAAAUAGAUGGUUCUUCAAGGGUUCUGUAUUAAAGACAGUGGGUCUGUGUACUCAAUGAACCCUUUGUAUGAUUAAAGAUGGAAAGGGUUUUUCAGAAUGAUAGAGAAUUAGAUUGUUCUGUAGAGAACCCCUUUAGAAAUGGUUCUAAAUAGCAACAAAAGGGUUCUGCUAUUGUUACGAUGUCAAGCUCAUAAUAAUAGAAAAAACAUUUUUGGUGCUAUAAAGAACCAUAUACAGUACAUUCUCCAUCAAUGUGAAGAACGCUCUAACCAUGCAAAGAACCUUUUAAUCUUGCCAAUAUUUCUUUGCUGGUUCUAUAUAGGACCAUUUUCUUCACUAAAGAUUGUAUGAUAGUUCAGACAUAAGACUCAAGAAAUUCAGGAAAGCUGAAGUUGGCUUCAAUUUCAUUUUAGCUGAAAAUGGCUCUGUAUAGCACCAAAAA